AUGUUAAUCCUGUGCUGUGCACCCGUAUCCAAGUCCUGCAUACCCAUCCCGGGUCUCUGGUGCCGAACACUCCGAAGCCUGAACUGCUAUUCUCGUGCUCGAGGUGUAGAGAAAGCUUGUGAUAUGGACGAGGAGUGCGCGACACUUGCAGAAGAGGCUGACGUCCUCGUCACCGGCGGGGAGUCGCACUUCACUGUCUGCAAAGCCUACCGCGAUGCUUUGCGUCUUCUCUGCGAUUGCGUGCCGGUGAAAGAAGCGAAGGAAGGUACGGAAGCGCGCCUCACGGCCUUCUAUGCGGAAUACCGGCCGGAGAGGCUGGACGAGGAAGGCAAAGUGAAGGACAUCAAGGAGCUGUUUGAGAGGUUGGAGUCUGCGCUUGGUGGGUUCUCUGCGGUUAAGGUUUGGAAGAAGUGGCAGAAUCGCGAGCCAGAGCUUUUCUUCGAGCUCGCAAAGAAGUACUCUGCUGAUGACUGGACGGCCUCUUUCGAAGAGGCAGCUACAGCUGUUACUGAGGAUCAGCGAAGCUGGCGUGUCUGGCACGGGGCCUGGUCGCCGUCUAUGUCCUCGCGAGAUGCUCCGUGGCAGCCCGGGCCGAAGGCCAAAGCAAAGAGUCAGCCCUUUCCGUCCUACGAUCAGAGCUGGGGCCAGCGGCAGGACAUCACCGUGGUGAAGGAGACCCGACAUCAGGGCUCUGGCGGCACCGUUGCGGAAGACGGUAUGUCGAAGCCGGCUCAGCAUGCAGUGAAUGCCUUGCGGAAGGCGGAGGCGAGAGUCAGCAGAAUCGCCAAGGAGAAACAAGAGAAGGCAGCUCGAUUUGCUGCGUACGAGAAAGAGGUCCAGGCGGCGCAUGCAUUGGAGGAAAAGAAGUAUAUGGCUGCACAGGAGCGCCUGGCGGCGGAGCUGGACGAGGCCACCGAACAACAGGCCGCGGCGAAGGCGGAGCCGACGGCCACCACGCGGCGCGGACAGGAACGGAAUCCCAAACCUGCCGAUGUCGCACCGGAGGAUCUGGAUCCACAGCUUUUGGAGAUCUUGCGGUCUUACAAGCAAGGGCUUCUCACUAUACGAGAGCCCUUGCAGAUGGAGCAUGGCUUUCGAAACGUCUCCCCGGUGGUUCUACGGGGACCGGUCAGUUCGGAGCUCCCUCAAGCUCGACCUGGGGAUCCCGCUCCGUCCUAUGGUCCUGUUUCUCCGGGUUCUGGUUCUGCUCUUGUGAGAUCAGCUCCUUUCCCGCCGACAUCGCCGAGUCACCUGCAUCACGUCACGGAGAACAAGCAUGCAGGGGACAAUGUGAUCACUUCGCUUUCCCCCGAGGCAUCACAUCGGGAGCACCGAGAUACCGGUUCGAUUGGGGUACGUCAGUCAAUCAAGGAUUCUACCAAGGCUCCUCCAGAGAAGCCGCCUCUGACAGGCACGCCGCUACACGAGAAGCUAGAGGCCAAACGCGGUCUGGUUUCGGGCCUUGCUACGCGCCCUUUUGGGCUUCCACCGGUCCCCGAAGACGCACCUCCUGGACUCGCGCCUCGAGCAGCUUGUGCCUCAGCACUUGUCGACGACGAUCACGAGAAGGACGAUGGUGGGCCGUCACCGGGCUUUGGGAACCUGGAGUAA